AUGGGUUGGAAAUCGUACCUUUUACCACUAUUUCUGGGGGCUGUUGCUGGAUUAGAACAGCCACAGGUUGUUCCAGGUGCUUACAUUGUUGAAUACGAAGACAACAGAGUGGGGCUACUCUCAUCCACCCUUAACACUCUUGGCGUUGAAAAAGUGCUGGACUUGAACUACGAUGUAUUCAAAGGCGCCACUGUCGUAUUCAAGGACAAGAAAUCCUCUGAUGAGCACAUGUCUUCAUUGAUUUCAAAUCCAGCUAUCAAAAACGUCUGGCACAAGAUGACAGUUUCUUUACCUAACCCUCGGGUCGGAAGCAUUGCAUCACCUGGGUUAGCAAGGUCAUCCCGACUCGAGGCCAGAAAUUUCCAAGGCAAUCAAACAUACUCACCUCACGUUAUGACUCAAGUCGACAAGUUGCAUGCGAAGGGAUUCACUGGUAAAGGAAUUAUAAUCGCAGUUGUUGACAGUGGUGUUGAUUACACCCACCCAGCCCUCGGUGGAUGCUUUGGACCCGAUUGCUUAGUUGCUAAAGGUUACGACUUCACAGGGGACGCGUAUAACGGCACCAAUACCCCUGUUCCUGAUGAUGAUCCAAUGGAUUGUCUGGGACAUGGCACGCAUGUGGCUGGUAUUAUCGCUGCCCAACAAAACAAAUAUGGCUUCAUCGGGGCCGCCCCUGAUGUCAAAAUAGCAGCCUACAAGGUAUCAGGGUGCUCCGAACGAGUUGGCAGUGAUGACAUCCUUGCAGCUGCCUUCAUGCGCGCACAGCAAGAAGGGGCGCACAUCAUUACUGCCUCUUUUGGAUCCCCUGGAGGAUGGAGCGAGACUUUUAUUGAAGUUAUAGCUUCCCGGAUUGUUGCUAAGGGCGUUAUUUUUACCAUCUCUGCUGGGAACUCUGCUGACCAAGGAUUGUUUUACCCUAGUGACCCAACUGGAGGAAAUGGUGUUGCUGCUAUUGCUUCUUAUGACAAUACUGUAACGCCUGUACUGUUAACACAGUCUUCUUACUUGGUCUCAAACGAAACGAAACAGAGCUUUAAAUGGGCUAAAGGUAGCCCGGACAAUUGGAAAAACGCCAGUGGCCUGCCACUCUGGGCUCCAGCAUUCAACACCAACGAGACUGAAGAUGCAUGUACACCUAUUUCUGAUAACACGACAGAAUUUUCUAACAAAGUUAUUCUUGUCUCUGCUGUUGAUGACUGCGUUGACCAGUAUCUGGAUAACUUACUGAAUCUCGAAGUCCCUUAUAUCAUGAUUUCGACCCAGCUAAAUACCAGUGAAAGAAACCUCAAUUUUCCGCCAUCUCCAGGCCUACUAGGUAUUGGUAUGGUCUCUUCCACGGUAGGCACCAAGUGGUACACAGCUCUAGCCGCCGGAAAGGUUGUCACGUUGGAUUUCACCGAUCUCGCCACUAGCCCAGUCACGCUUGAACAGCCACCUAACAACCGUACUGGCGGACUUCUAAGCUCCUAUACUUCCUGGGGACCUUCUUUUGAAGGCGAGCUAAGGCCUUCAUUUGGUGCCCCGGGUGGGAACAUCUUAUCAACGUGGCCUGUUGCCUUGGGUUCUUACGCCGUACUGUCUGGUACCUCUAUGUCCUGCCCCCUUGCUGCCGCUAUCUACGCCCUUCUAUUAAACGUACGGAAAACCUUCGACCCAAUUGAGCUUCAAAACCUACUUGCCAGUACAGCUAAGCCUGUUCAAUCCAGGGGAAGAUCUUUAAUUGCGCCACCCGCACAACAAGGAGCUGGACUGGUUCAAGCGUAUGACGCAGCCUAUGCAACUACAGUAUUAAGCCGCCCGGGUCUUGCUUUCAACGAUACUAUUCGAUUAACCAGCAAAACAUUUACAAUCUCUAAUACUGGGGACAAGAACGUCACCUAUGAGUUGGACGUUGUUAACGCCGCUACUGCUUACACAUUCUCUGGUAGUAUUAGGCCGGCUAUACCCCCUGAGCUCGACAGUUCCUUCGCGAAAGUGGAUCUAAGCAACUAUAACGUUACCAUCCCCGCAGGUGGAAAAACUACAAUCGUUGUUAAGGCCACACCCCCGUCAGUUGAUAUUAGUCGACUCCCAGUAUACGGAGGUUAUAUCCGGGUCAACGGUACAAACGGCGAAAGGUUAUCUAUUCCUUACCAAGGCAUUGCAGGAGACCUUAAUGCUGUAACUAUUAUGAACGGAACGUACCUAUCAAACUCCAAGAGUGAUCCCGACUAUCGGCCCUUCAACAACACCAACUCGACUUUCAUGUUCCCACAGGUCGAUAUCGCAGAUAUUCAGCUUAUCACCGACGACCUUCCAGUUGCUGCUGUUGACCUUGUUUUUGGGACACCGCUUCUUAACAUCCAAAUCGUGUCAACUAGCAAACAGCUAGUUAAUCUUGGUAACGCCGCGGGCUCGCCAUUUAAUUACACUAGCCGUGGUUUGUUUACCUACGGGUGGAAUGGCCAACUGGAUGAUAACUCAUUUGUACCACCGGGUAGUUACAAGUUCCGUGUUUCAGCGCUGCAUAUCUUUGGUGAACCAGACCAGCCGCAGGAAUAUGAUGUUGCUGAGACGUCUUCUUUCAGGAUUGCUUACAAAUAG